CCCAAGCGCCCUUUCGUCAGCCACUCAGUGUUAACAACUAAUCGUCCUCUGUGGGCAACGACUCUUCUCACUUCCUCUUCUUCCCCUUGUACGCAUGCCCACACACCCAGCAGCGUUGUUUUGCCACGCAGAAACCACAUGUCUUUGCCUUUUCGUCUUUUGGGUGCAGGAUAUUGAGUGGUCCAUGUGUCGACCUCUCCCUCAACAACACCGAAGAGGCACUAGAAACGCUCGUUGAGCACCGAUCUCUGCCGGUUCGCACUCGGCGUCCGCAGUCGUGCAGUGGCGGAAUGUCUUCGAAGAGGGACGUGCUUGUGCUUCCCUGCCACAAGUGAGAUCAGGAGAGAGACAUGGGAGCUUGCACAGCCGCUCUCGGCCUUCUUUGCACUGCAGGAGCUACUGGUCGCGGGUCAAAGGUGACCUCCGCCAUAUCGCCACCGGCCGUAUCGGGACACUCACCCAGUUCCGAGAAUGUCGGUGGUUUCGUUUGUACAUGUACUGCAAUGAGAAUCCAUUUUGCAAUGUGUGUGCAUUCAUAGGCCUCACCCAAAUGGCGACUUCAAGCGGUACUAGUCAGUCAAAUAUCCCCGUGGGUCUUGCACGUUGGAUGUACGUUGCCGCAGGAUGCAUGAAAUCCCGUAGCCAGUUCCAGGCCUUGGAGCCGGUCUUUGACUGUCUUGACGCGCAGUGCGUCGAGUCUCCAGUGAGUGGCUCGGUCAACUCGACGGAGUACCUCGAGAAGAUCCUUCCGGUCCAGGCCGCUCUGCUGCUGGACAUGAAGAGUCUGUUCCCACGGGCAAGUAUUUGUCCAGCCACAUUUAGGUUGUGCUUCUGUGUAUGUCUUGACUGUCAGCCCAUAGCGGUACUGCGCAAGGGCAUGAGGACACAAGAGGUCCUCACCGAGCGUCAGUGUCUGACCCUCAUCAGUGCGGGCUUCCUGUGUCUCUUACCCGAGCCUUCCGACAAACUGCAGUCACUCAACUUCAGGUACAUCGAUCGAUGGAUCGGGCUAAGGUGGCACAGAAAAACGGAUAAUCUUUGGCUGUGUGUCGUGCCUCGGAAACGGAAAUAGAAAAUACUGGCGCUCGGUGAGGUAUCGUCGUUGAUCUCGCUCUAAAGGUCAUACGCCAUCCGUGUCUCUGCAGACGUCGGGGAAUUUGAGAACUCAGGCCACGAAGCUCCGCUGUCUUCUCAACUACUUCCGAAGAUGCUUGACUCCGGCCGAAGCUUCGCUUCUGCUGAACCCCCCUGAUGCCCAAGACAAGGGCGAGGACCAGCCAGCAGGCGACUCACCGGCUGAAGGCGCUGGCAAUCAGACGCUGCCUGAGGGGGAGGCAGAGACACCCCCAGCCACGCCUCAACCGCCGGGUGCGUGGCUGGCAGACCGCUUGGUGACAUUUCAUCGCCGAGUGCUGUCGUCGAGUGUUCCUGCGUACGAAGAGCUGUGGGAAAGCCCGCAGCAACUGUUAGCAUUCAAGGUCUGCAAGAGACAAAAGUCAGUGAAUUGUGAUACAUAUUCGAUGGCUUGUACUGCAGUUUGUUGAUGACGUUGAUGCUUGCGAUGCAAACAAAGACAGUUCCAGAAACUCCAGGCUGAUCAACAGCCACGCACCUAGGUACGGUGGACAGAUCAAGUGCCUACUUGUGCCUGUCUCCGUCUGUCUGAUCGAGUGUAAUGCUGUCUGUGCUUUAGGCUGGGCGGUUCCGUGCUCGAAAUGGGCGCCGACAGCGAUGAGAUCCUGUGAGAUGUGUCAAAUCCAUCCGCCAAAGACGGGAUUAGCAUACAUUCUGCUUCAGGAUGAUGGAGUACCCUUCGAUGUUGGCUGGCUUGGUCCUGGUGGAGAAGCUCUCAGCCAGCGAGUGCGUGGUGGUGUCGGGCAUUCAAAGGUAACUGACCCAUCCCACUUCUGCACCGGAUUGACAAUGAACGUCAUGCAGGUACAACUUGCUCAAGGGGUCUGGAGCGUCUCUCAGAUGGCUUGGCGAUUACGUGGAUGAGGUGAGUCAGCAUUCAGACGAGGGAAGACACGGAGGAUCCGUACUUACUCCAUUGAAGUGUGUUUGUACUGUUUCCUUCAGUGUGCGCCUACCACUGACGGUCAUGUGCAGAGGGAAAUGGCUGUAUAUCAAAUCAAAUCCUAUAAGACCCAGCCACUCGCACAAUUCUCGGUGAUGACACGGCCGCAAACCUUACAUGUACACACACACCUCACGUAUGUACUUUGCAGCCAACUGACAUCUUAUCUGAGUUGGCUGCUAUCCAUAUUGCCGUGCAUCCCACUCUCGGGACAACGGCGAACAAAUCGUGGCCGCCCCCGCAGCACGAGGGCGAGGCCGCCGAGUCGGCCCCGGCUGCAUCAGCAGAGCCUGCAGUGGCUGAGGAGAGGAAGGACAGCCCGCAGCCAGGCGAACAGCAGAGGUACAUGGACCAGUGCCUCAUCGAUGCCGGCCGAGAAUUCUUUCAUGUUUACCUAUGUAUACAGCGCUGACGUCAGUGCCGCACCCGCCGGGGCAGAAAAGCCGCCAGGUACGAUAUUUGUUGCAGUGUGACUGGCUGGAGAGACACUCAAGUGUGUACGUACGUAUGACAUGUGUAUUGUAGUUGAGGAGAGGAGGGCUGAAUCACCAAAGAGCCCGUCUUCGGACAAAACGGCCUUGCCGCUGCCACCAAAGGUGUGGUGACAGCCACCUCAAGUGUUGUCUGUCUUCCUCAAACCGUGCACUACCUCGCGUCUCUCCUUGGUCGUCUCGGCAGGUGCCUCUCUUCGCGUAUCCACCAGGCUGCGGUGCUAUUUAUGGCGGGUUCCCUCAGCUGAGAUUCUUUCUCCUGUGGCUAGCAUCUUCCUGUUGCGAGAGGGAAUUACUUGUAAGGUGUCCCGGCUCAAUGGGCAUCGAUUGGGACAGUGAGCUGGACCGCCAGCAGCUGAGCCACAUCCAGUCGCUGGUGAAGCAACGGGGCAUGACUGUCGGGCAGCUGUUCGGCUUUCUCAUUGAUGGCGCCAGCAACCUACCAGAGAGGGGGCUGAGGCUCUCUGACAUGCUAAUGCUACGACUGGAAAAGGGACUGUGAUGCACGAAGGCAAGGCCCUCUAACGCUCUCAGGGAGUGAUCGGCUUAUGUACUCGUGUACACCGUCUUCGAAAAAAGACACGGUUGUGCUUCCGUGCCACGACAAGGAAAGGCCUGUGCGAAAAGUUGGAUCGGCAGGAGAAGGCAGCAACGGCUGCAAAAAGCCAUCAGCAAGCAAGACAGCUUUCUCGAGCUCCAGAGUCCAGACAACUCGCUGAGGCAGAAAGACAUAUCUCCGACGGGCGUGACAUCUCUCCGAUGGGCGUGACAGCACGCUGAUGAGCCUGACGGCUCCAGCCGCCUGAAUCCAUCUCACUCACAUGCAUCUCACACCUUCUUCUCGG